GCCCUACAACUCCAUCCUCACCACGCACACGACGCUGGAGCACUCGGACUGCGCCUUCAUGGUCGACAACGAAGCCAUCUACGACGUGUGCCGCCGCAACCUAGACAUCGAGCGACCCACCUACACCAACCUGAACCGCCUCAUCGGCCAGAUCGUGUCGUCCAUCACGGCCUCGCUUCGCUUCGACGGCGCGCUCAACGUCGACCUCACCGAGUUCCAGACCAACCUGGUGCCCUACCCGCGCAUCCACUUCCCGCUCGCCACCUACGCGCCCGUCAUCUCGGCCGAGAAGGCCUACCACGAGCAGCUGAGCGUGGCCGAGAUCUCCAACGCCUGCUUCGAGCCCGCCAACCAGAUGGUGAAGUGCGACCCCCGGCACGGCAAGUACAUGGCCUGCUGCAUGCUGUUCCGCGGGGACGUGGUGCCCAAGGACGUCAACGCCGCCAUCGCGACCAUCAAGUCUAAGCGCACCAUCCAGUUCGUCGACUGGUGCCCCACCGGCUUCAAGGUGGGAAUCAACUACCAGCCUCCCACGGUGGUGCCCGGCGGUGACCUGGCCAAGGUACAGAGGGCCGUGUGCAUGCUGUCCAACACGACGGCCAUCGCCGAGGCGUGGUCGCGGCUCAACCACAAGUUCGACCUGAUGUACGCCAAGCGCGCCUUCGUGCACUGGUACGUCGGCGAGGGCAUGGAGGAAGGCGAGUUCUCCGAGGCGCGCGAGGACUUGGCCGCGCUGGAGAAGGACUACGAGGAGGUCGGCAUGGACUCGACAGAGGCCGAAGGCGAGGGCGGCGAGGAGUAUUAGAGACCUGUGUGCGUCGGACAGCUCGCUCUGAAGGUUUGUGUCGCAGUGAUGGCAGGCACCCUCGAGCCACGGGUCUCACCCCUUGCGCUUGAAUUCCGUGGCAGGGUAGCUUUGUCGGAUUCAACUUUUGUGCCCCACUUGCAUAUUUUUUUUAUAUUUUUUUUUUGCCGUCUGACUUAUUUGUCAAAAUUUUUGGUCUAACAUUGUAUGCGUGUAAUGUCUAACAAACCUUCAGAGGUGCAAUUUGGUCAUAAUGCUAUUGUGUGAAAAUUUAACGACCUAGUCAUUUGUUGGGUGUAAGUCUACGAUUUAAGUCUGUCUGUAAUAUCUUGACUUGCAUCUAUUAAUGUCUAAUGAAACAACAAUAAACUUCUGUUUUUAAGGAA